AUGGAAGAUGGGGCGGGGAUACCAGAGGAGUUUCGGUGCAAGAGGUCGGACGGGAAGCAGUGGAGGUGCAGCGCCCGUUCGAUGCCCGACAAGACGGUCUGCGAGAAGCACUACGUGCAGGCGAAGAGGAGGGCGGCUAACUCCGCGAUGCGGGCGAACGAGAAGAAGGCCAGGCGGAAGUCGCUCCCCGUCGGUGCCGCGGCGGACGACGCCUACCUGGACGCCACCGGCCGGGAGGAUGACCUUGAUGAGGGAUCUGGUUCGCCAAUCGCCGCCGUCUGCAGUAGCGGCGGUGGAGGGGACUAUUCCGGGGGGCCCUCCCCGGCGAAGAGGUAUAAGGAGAGAACGUACAAGGGUCAGGGCACCUACUAUUCUGGCCGGAGAAGGGUGAAGGGCGGUUCUUCUGCGCGGUCGAGGCAUGGGGAAGACGCGGAAAGAGAUCUCCUGCAGGAUAGUCGUCUCCGAGAGACUUUUGCCACGCCAAGGACGCGUAAAUUUACGAAGGGUUUUGUCGGGGGCGGUCUAGAGGUGAGGAAAAUCCUGUCAUACUCAAUCUUCCGAGCGUCUACGAAGCUUGAUCCGCUAAAAUCCUUUCGCGUUGCCAUUGAAGGAUUAUUCUGGUAGAAGCACGGAUUCUUCAGGUGAGGCCGAAGGCUUAACCUGCCACCAAUGCCAGAGGAAUGAUGGGGCCAGAAUAGUAUGGUGCUCAAGCUGCGAUAAAAGGGGUUAUUGCGACACCUGUGCUCUUAGACGGUGAGCUAGAUGGUUUCGAUUUGCAGUUUCUCCGUUGAAGUUUCCAAUUGUAUUAGUUUCCUUGUUUUCUUUACGGUGUCUUUACCCAGUAAAAACGAAAAUUUCGUGGUUUUUAACACAAGAUAGAAAACCAUUAAUGGAUUGUUUAAUUCGAAACCUUAGGUACCCAAAUAUCCCGAUAGAGGAUAUCCAACAGGUCUGCCCAGCAUGCCGCGGGAUAUGUAAUUGCAGAACAUGCUUGCGUGGAGAUAACCUAAUUAAGGUAAAUUCAGGUUUAAGGUGCCAUUUUCUCUGUCACGGUUCAUAUUUUCCUGAUAUAUGUUCGUGCUGUUGAUAAGCAAACACUUGAUGAUUUUUUCUGUGGACCCGUUUCACAGGCUAGAAUACAGGAGAUGUCCAGCAUAGACAAGUUGCGACAUCUUCACAGAAUUCUCUCCCUUCUGCUCCCUGUGCUUAAGCAGAUACACGCUGAGCAGUGUUAUGAGCUGGAUUUGGAGAUUAGAGUUUAUGGUUUGAAUCAAAGAUGCCUAUUUCUAUUCACGCUGUUUUGGCAUCUGUGACAUAAUAUUGUCCUUCAACUGACUUAAAUCCUUCAAAGCAGGUAUGAAGAAUGACAUUCCAAGGGCGAAGUUACAGCCAGAUGAGCAGAUGUGCUGGUAUUGCUUUAAAAUUUAGGUCAUUCAUAAUUUUGUUUCAGUGACAUUUUUUUAACACUUUGUUUAUGGGCAGUGAUUCCUGCAAAAUGCCCAUCUUAGAUUAUCAUCGGCACUGUACAAAUUGUCAGUUCGAUUUGUGUCUUAUGUGCUGUCAAGAUCUUCGACGAGCAUCACAUGUGGGCAUCAGAGGAGAACUUGGUGAACGUCCAGCUGUUGACAGAAUUGAAGAAAAUUAUGAUGGAGAAAUGCCCUUGGAAUCGUCUGAGGAGAAAAAUUCCAUCAAUUCCCUUAAGAAUCAUAUAGAGGACUAUGCAGUAGAUUUUUCACAUUUGUUUCCCAAGUGGAAGGCAAACAGUGAUGACAGUAUUCCGUGUCCCCGAUCUCAGACUGUUACCUGUUGCAACUCGUCAUUAGUUCUGAGACGCAUUCUCAAGAUAAACUGGGUGGCAAGACUAGUCAAGCAUGCUGAAGAGAUGGUUAAUGGGUGUAAAAUUUCGACAACCAGCAUGACCUUUGAAUCAAGUCAUUCCGUCAGCACAAACCUCUACAAGUGUUCCAAGAGAGAGAAUAGUUUUGACAACUUCCUGUAUUGUCCAGCAUUGCAGGACAUUGAACAUGAAAGCAUCAGCCAGUUUCAUACACACUGGGAAAAGGGUGAACCAGUUGUCAUUAGGCGUGCAUUUGAGCCUUCGCUAAGUGCUUGUUGGGACCCAAUGAGCAUUUGGAGGGGCAUUCAGGAAAUGACUGAUGACAGAAUAAAAGAGGAUGAUGUCGUUGUGAAGGCGAUAGAUUGCUCAAACCAGUCUGAGGUAUGCCUUUUUGACCUUUAUUCUGUUAAAAUUCUCCAUGCCCAAGUAAAGUUAGAAAGUUCUGCCUCUGCUAAUCCUCGUGAAGAUGAGGAUUGCAUUCUAGUUUGUCUGAGUUCUAAUUUAACCGGGAUGAAGAAACAUCCUCUCUAAUUCUGCAUUUGAUGCCACGGACCUUUGUAAAAUCUAAGCAAUGCCCUCGUGGUAGCCUGAAAGUGUGAUGAUGUCAAGGUGAAGGCUGCUUCUUUAGUAACGUCUUUCCGUAUCUGUAAAAAAGUGUUGACAGUCACACGAUUGAUCUGCACUUUCUACGUCCUUGGAGUAUUAUCUUCUAUUUAUUUGCAAGUAUCAUCUGUCUGCAUCCUGAGCCACUGAAAAUGUAGCGUUUUUUUCAGAAGUCUCUAGCUACUUCACUCGUAUAUUUCCAUACUCUGACUCAGUUUAAAACAUGAUUAACUUUACCUUAUCUUACUCCUAGUUGCUACCGAAAUUGGUUUUCUAUUAUUAACCGGCCAGUAGCGCUGUAUCAUACAUUUAAAAGUGGGAGCAGAAUCAAUAGUGGAAGUGAUGAGGGAAAAAAUUGUAAAAAAUGAAGGAACUUGUAGAAGAGAAUUAAUUGCCAAAUUAUAAAAUUCCAUUAAAGAGAAAUAAGUUCCUUGACGACAGUUUCAAAUCUACAUAUUUAUGUGCUUUGUAAUCAAUAACCUUGGUUUUAUAGAGAUGAUUGUGAAAUCAAAUGACUAAAUAAAUUGAUCCAAACCCCAAACUUACUCAGAAGAAAACGCAGGCUCGAUCAAAAUUACCAGGUAAGAAUUCGACAGUAAAUGUACAAUUGUUUUAAUAAAGAUUGAAGGACUAUAAACCAUUUUAAUGAGGAUCUUAUACAAAGACUUGUUCUUUCCCCCGUCUUAUCUAUCUCCCUCGAUCUCCAAUUCACUGUGUAUCGAAGUGGCCUGCGACUGAAGGGUUACACUUUAUCCUUCUUCAUCUUUUUCACAUAUUGUUUCUUCCUCUUUCUCUUUUUUUUUCCCCCUAUGUUUCCUUCUUUUGUUUCACUUUUAUAUACCUUCUCCAAGUCAGUAACAGGAAGCUGUGGGGCAUGGAUCACACCAAUGAAGCAUGCCAAAUGGUUCAGCGUUAAUGUUUCUUCCUUGUGAAACAUCUGACUAUGUAAAAGAUUAACGGACAUAUUGUUAUUCUGGACACUGCGAAUAUGACAUAAAUCUAACGUUACAUCAGCGUCUAAGUAAUGUUUUAAUUUAUGAAAAAUGAGAUUGAUUUCCACUGUAAGUGAUAGGCAGAUGCGAUUGAAGAUGAACUAGAAUAUCAUGGAAACUUUUUGUUGGUUAUAUUUCCUCCUGUCUUAGUCCGUUUUCUGCUUGGUAUCAGCUACAUUUUAUUUUGUACUAUUUCAUUUCUUUGAGUGGACAUUUUUCACAAUGUUUCAGGUUGAUAUUGAGCUGAGAAAAUUCAUCAAAGGAUAUAUGGAUGGAUGCGUAGAUAAAUAUGGCUUUCCAGAAAUAUUAAAAUUGAAGGAUUGGCCUUCAGAAAAUGAUGUAGAAGAGUUUUUAUUGUGCCAGAGACCUGAAUUUCUCAGUAAACUGCCAUUGCUUGAAUAUUUUCAUCCUAAAUGGGGUCUUUUAAAUCUCACUGCCAAACUGCCCCAUGAUUCUGCGCCAAGUGAUGCUGGACCUAAAUUUCUCAUUGCUUGUGGAGGGAUCGAAGAAAAUAACUAUGUUUCUGUAUUAAAUUUACGGAUAAACAUAGGCGAUAUGGUACGUAUCAUUAUUCCUUGACUUGUUUUUUCAUGGUAUUAAUCCAAAAGAAAUAUCCUUCUUUUGUUAAUUUAGAGCAGUGCGAGUAAGGAUGAUGAGAAGUCAAGUCAGAGGGAAACAUAUAUUUAUACUAGAAAAUGGAAUAAGGAUAAUAUUUAUGGUGAACUUAUCGUACAUUGGUCAUUGUAACAACUAAAGACUAACUUAAAACAUAUUUCAUCAUUGUGCAUACUCUAAAAGAGAGUAACUGAGUUGAUAUUUGGUGCUAGUUUUCAUGAUGCAUCCAAGCAUCAUAUUGAAACACACGCAAUGGUGCUUAAUGUUUAAUGUGUGGAUAUUCGUAUAGUCAUGGGUUUGGCUUUAUGAUGAAUGAUCGAGUUGUUUAAGUUGUCUUCCCAUUGUCUUAUGUCGUGGUAAAGUGGAGCAUAUAGAUAAAAAGCUGUACUCACACAGAAAGAAGAACAAAUGAAGCUGAAGGCAGGCACUUAAUUGUACCUUAAUUGUGGUUAUUUACCUGUUCAUUGCUUUAAAUUAGUACAUGAUGUCAAUGCAACCUUGAAAAAUGUAAUGAUUUAGAGGUUUGAUUUAAUUGUUGAUUUGCUUUUCUCUGACGUAAAGCUAAAUUGUCUGGCCACUAUGUAAUACCAGAAUGACCUAUUAUACAGCUGAACAUCUAAGUGCUGGGCAGGUGUUUGGAGAUGCUGCUCAUGGGAUCUGAUUGUAUCCAGAAACCUUCUGUUCUUUUGGGUCUUUCAGAUUUACCUGGACACCUAUGUUUUUCAGAGAAAGACUUGAGAUGGACUUGAGACGUGAGACACCUAUCAUUUAAACUUUAGGCCUAAACAAAUCCACUGUAGGUACCUUUAUUAUCUCUCUAUGAGAAAAAUAUGAUCAUUGCUCUUGCACGAUCAAACUCAUUUAUCAGAGGAUUAAAAAAAAGAGAGUGGAAAUCAAACUCCUAUUUCCUCCAAAAAUUGAUUUUUUAACCAGAAAACAAUGCCCUCCACAACAUUGCUAUACUAUCACCUACCUUUUCGAAUUAAUCACUGCUCUACAUAAGUCUAUCGAAAACAUUUUUUAAUCCGAAAAGUUUGGCGUAAAGGUUAAACUCGAACGAAAUUUGGAAAUAUGUAUGAUUCACAUAGAAAAGUCAUUUGCAAGACUUGGAAAAUGUCAGAUUGAAUGUCUUUCCGUCUUUGCUAGACAGUUAGUCUCCCUUCCCCCAACGCCACUCCAGCUCUUGAACUGUGUCCAAUUGGGUGCAGUAACAUUGACGUACUUUCAUUGAUACUUUUAGCAUAGAUAAAGCAACAGUUAAAUGGAAUGACUUUAGAAGCAAUGCCCUUUUUCUUCUUUCCUCAUAACCUUAAAAAUUCCAGAACGCUUUGAUUCGUUUCAGAUGGUUAGCGUCUUGGUCAGAGAAACGGGUGCUGCAUAUUUGUGAAUCCCAUAAAUUGCUACUUUCUUUGACUCGGUGAUUCUUUGAUCUCUCCUUUCUUAGAAUACUUUCUCAUUAUUUAUAGAAAAAUUAAGAUGAAGGAAAGCUAAAGUAAUCCUCAUUUGAUGCCCUGAAUGAAUAUCUGUUUACUACUGAGACUUGUUCUCCAUAGAAGAUAUGCAAUUUCAAUGUGCGCAUUCCCUGUUCUGUUCCCCUACAAUCUUCUUGGCUAUUGCAUAGUUUCACCUUUUGUGCAUUGCCUCCUACAAACUAUUGGCUCCUCCAUAUUUCCCUAUUUUCGUCCUUAGCUGGAAAUCUUUAUUAAUCAUCUCUUGUUUAUACGUCUACAAGUAUAAUUUGUCAUUAAAACAACUAAUAUUGCAUUACAUACAAAUGAAUUUGGACUUGAUGACUUAUGGUCUCUUUUUAGGUUUACCUAUUGAUGCACACAUCUGAAGGCAAGUAUGAAGGCCGGGAACUUAAUAAAUUUGGAACUAUCCCAAAUAAUUAUGAUGAGUCUGAAUUAUAUGUGAAGAGUGAGACCACGGAUGCAUCUAAUUCUACAGCCAGUGAGCAUUGCACGAAUAAUCAAGCAUGUGGCUUAUCUCCGAAUGAAAAGGAGGAGGAUGCAACAGAGGUCGAUGCAUGCAAUGGAAAUGAUAUUUCUCCCAAGGAGAAGAAAGAAUUAGACCAUUGUCACACAGAAAACGGUCUUGCUGUCAGUGCUAAUGCAGGAACAGUUUGGGAUGUUUUCCGUCGACAGGAUGUUCCAAAGCUCACUGAAUAUUUGAAAGAUCAUUGGGAAGAUCUGAGGAAUCCUGUCAUGUCCCCAAAUGACACGGUAAUAUACGUUUAGCAUCCGAUGUUUUCCGUUUAUUUUUAGGGUUCCUGUCAUUGCAUAUAUAUGCUAAUUUGGUGGUGGCGGAGAUUUUCUGUGAGGAUGACUUUGAAUAUAUAUGCUACUUCUUCUUAAUGAGAACAUAUUUCUGUUCAGGUUACCCUUCCGCUUUAUGAGCGAGGUGUUGUCCUCGAUGGAGAUCACAAAAAAAGGUUAAAGGACGAACUUGGUAAGUGAAAUUUAUUUAUCCCCUUUUUUAUCGAUUUUUUUUUCUUAUGUGAAGUACGAAAGAAAGAUGAGAUUCUCUGUCAAUCUUUUGUUGAUUAUUUUUUUCAUAUAUUCACAAUGACAGGGAUAGAGCCGUGGACAUUUGAACAGCACGUUGGUGAGGCUGUUUUUGUCCCAGCUGGAUGCCCUUUCCAGGUUAGAAAUCGCCAGGUGGGUAAUUUCUUGCUGAAAAAAAACAUGUUUUUCUCAUAGAAAAUAGUUUCUGGAGAAAAACUCUUCGAAUCAUUGGCUUGGGAUCAUUCCAGAAGGAAAUAAGUUUUUUGGAUGAAUUCCUCUACUUGGAAGCUUUGACUAUUCUUAUUUGCGGCAUCUUUCUCAGACCCAAUUACUGAUUUCUCCCCUCGGUGCCAAAAAAAUUUCAGUCUACGGUCCAGCUUUGCCUUGACUUCCUGUCUCCUGAAAGCCUGUUGGAGUCUGCUCGCAUCGCCCAGGAGAUCCGAUCCCUCCCAAGCUACCAUGAUGCCAAGCUCCAUAUGCUGGAGGUCAGCAGAGUGAAGUUUGAAGCUGCUGCUGCGUCUCUCUCUCUCUCUCUCUCUGUCCUCCGACUUUUGACAGCUUCUUCUAAGCUUCCUGCAGGUGGGAAAGGUGUGCCUCUACGCCGCCAGCUCGUCCAUCAGAGACAUCCAAAAGAUUAUACUCGAUCCCAAGUAAGCUUUCAUGAAGAAAUGUUCUUUUUUUUUUUUUUUUUUGGGCUUUCUGGGUCUGAUAAAUCCGCCUUUUUUUUCAGGCUUCUCUCAGACAUGGUGUUUGAGGACAGAAAUCUGACUGCGGGGGUGUCGGAGAACCUGGAGAGGAUCACGAAGAGGAAGCAAAUUGCUUGCCUUUGA